AUGAUUGUCGCAUUGGUAACUGGCGCCAACUCAGGCAUUGGCGAAGCUGUGGCACGUCAGCUAGCGCGCCAACCGGAUCACCAUGUGAUCCUCACCUCACGAAACCCCGAAGCCGGAGAAAAGGUCGCAGCAUCCAUUGUUGCAGAAGGCCACUCGGCUUCGUCCGUCCAAUUGGACUUGGCCUCGGACACGUCUAUCGCAGCGGCUGCCAAGCAUAUCCAAGAGGUUUACGGCAAACUGGAUAUCCUCGUUAACAACGCCGGGACAGCGGUCGACCACCGCUCUGAUCUGUCUGUGCGGGAGAAUCUGAGCAUGACUUUCGAUACGAAUGUCUUCGGAACCGCUGUCCUGACCGAUGCGCUCCUCGACCUUCUCCGUCAGUCCACUGCACCACGGGUCGUCUUCGUUUCCUCUAGCCUCGGCUCACUUGCGCUCUCGAAUGACGAAAAUUGGCCGUAUUACCAUAUGAUCUCGAAGUCCUACAAAAGCAGCAAGGCCGCCGUGAAUAUGCUCGUCCUGCAUUAUUCCAGGGCUCUUCGGGAUGCCAAUGGGCUAGUCAAUUCGGUAUGCCCUGGUUUGGUUAAGACUAAGAUGAAUGGAUAUGCAGAGGAUGGGGUGACACCGGAUGUUGGUGCGCGCAGGAUUGUGGAACUGGCGUUGGUGGGUGCUGAUGGACCUACUGCCACCUUUUCAGAUAGGGAUGGGUCUAUCCCUUGGUGA